CUUAACAAAGAAUAGAAGAAAGAGUUGAAAAUUAACAUCAUCAAAUCCCAAAACGGACCAGAAACACUCGUUCAUGUCUGAAUCUAUAGGCGAUUAACCUCAUCUUACUGAUUUCUCGUCAUUCCUCGUUAUAUCAUUCAUUGCUGAUCAUCAUACAUUAUUGAAUAUUCAUAUUUCUCUGAAAUCAGAGAAAACAGACUGACGACCUUCAGCACAACAUAGCGAGAUUUCCGACAAACACUACGACAAUGUCAUCAGAACGGUCAUCUCCGAGAACCCCUAAAAAUAAGUGGAACGAAUCUCAAGAACGUCCAAAAUAUUACAUCUUCGAUGCAAAAUCAGACACCUGGAAAGUCUACUUCGCGAACAACGCAGCCCUCUCCAUCUCCAAAAUUGAGGCUUUCUUCUCCAAGUACGGAGAAAUCGUGAAAGUUCAGCAGAAUUCUCCUCGUGACUUUUGCUUCAUACAUUUCAAAAGAGAGGAAGACGUGAAAACGUGUGCCUUCGGAAUGAGGAAUAACUCCACAAUAAGAUUGCGGCCAUUCAGAUCGACGCCUAGUCGUCAAGGCAAACAUGACUCCUUUGACUCGAAGUCAUCUCCUGAUAAAGAGGAACGAAAUGGUAAAACUGGAAAUGAUUUAAAAGAUGGUCAACGGUCUGGAGUUGAAAUUCACAGGGGAAAAAAAAUCCUACCGAAUUCUCUCAGCUCAGACGCACAAUCGACGCCCUCUUCGAGCUACGAAUUAUCUUCCAAUUCCAUCAGUGCGUCCAUUGAAUCCAUCCCUCUUGAUCCAACACGUUCUUCAGCUGAGAAAAAAGCCCCUGCAGAUGAUCUUCCUGAACUCAUUCAGAAAAUCUCAAUUGGAUCCUCUAAUCUGGGUCCACUCAGGACUUAUGGGACACGUCAUCCACCAACGACUGAACACAUCACUCUCCAAGACGUCGUUGUUGCAAAUAUUCACGAAUCUUGUGAAAUUGACUUCAUCCUGGAAAUGCUGGAGGCGUUCCAUCCAGUUUGUGCUUCCAAAAUGAAGACCAUCCCUGAGCACUCGUUAAGGUACUGUCACGUUUACUUCGAGACUUCUGACCAGACACAAGAGGUGGAACGCAUCUAUGACAAUGCUGAAUUGUUCGGCAAGACACUCAUCGUUCAGCGUCCUGGCACAUUGGCUGCUAAUGCUGAACGACUUUCUUAGGAACACGAUUGGAUAACUUUUCCUGUUCGGAUGUAAUUUUAAAAGGCCUACCUUUAUUUCAUCCAUUUAAUAGAUUACUUUCAUAUCAGGUAGAUUUUAUAUGACUCUAUUUUAAUAAUUUAAGACUGAAAGCCGAGAUUUGAUUUCUGGUUUAAACAUUGAAUACGUUUGGGCAUCAAAGAAAGCCUCAGAUGUGCAAAUUCUCAACAUGGUUUUUGAUUUGUUUUCGUAACAUUUAAAAUUUCAUAUAUCGUUAAUUUAUCCUCAAUCGUUACAUAAUUAAAAAGACAGCAGAUGAAUGAAAAUUCUGAAUUUCAAGAAGUUGGCAUUCGUUGAGAGUUAUUUUUCUACUUUUUCAAGAAAAAUAAGACAUGAAGUGAAUAGAAUAAUCAUCCGAUUUCAAUAAUACUUGGAUCACUAAAUAAGUAAUUUAGAUAUUUUCUUCACUUUUUUUCCUUUGAUGUUUCUUUUCGUGUUAAUCGUUGUGAUUAUUUGUUAUAGUCAACA